AUGGCGGCUAUCCAAGAAUCCCGGGCGGAUCAACCGAAAACGGUGCAGGUGCCCUCUCAAUUGCCACCGCCGUUGUUAGUUUCUGACGCGUUUGCGAAAGACGCCAUUCUCGCAUGGUAUCGUGGCGAGUUUGCGGCUGCUAACGCAAUCAUCGACGCUCUUUGCGGUCAUCUCGCGCAGGUUGCUUCGUCCUCCAACGAUUACGACUCGGCGUUUGCUGCUAUCCAUCACAGGCGUCUCAAUUGGAUCCCUGUCCUCCAGAUGCAGAAGUAUCACUCUAUAGCUGAUGUUACUCUCGAACUGCGUAAUGUUGCUGAGAAGAAAAUCGAAUCGGUUGAUGGAAAGACGAAAAUCGUAGAGAGAGACGGUGUUGAUGAGAAACCGGAAACUAAUGUCGAAAAAGACGGCGAUGAAGCUCCGGCGGAGUACGAUUCGCCGGACAGUGAGAUCACUGAUUCAGGAUUGCUGGAAGUGCAACACAGUUUUAUCAACAAUAGUAUAUGUUCAAAUCAUGAAGAAUGUGAAGGACGUCCUUCAGAGAUAAAGUUGACACAAGGUUUCACAACAAAGGAAUUCGUGAAGGGGCAUCCGGUGAAUGCUGUGAAAGGAUUGAGACUGUAUGAGGAUGUUUUCUCUGAAUCACAACUUUGCAAGCUGACUGAUUUUGUGAAAGAGAUCCAUGCUGCUGGCCAGAACGGAGAACUUUCAGGUGAAACCUUUAUACUAUUUAACAAACAGGUAAAGGGGAACAAAAGGGAGCUGAUUCAGUUAGGUGUACCCAUAUUUGGACAGAUAAAAGACAAUGCCAAAAGCCAAAUUGAGCCAAUUCCAUCACUUCUUCAUGGUGUCAUUGAUCACCUUAUUCAAUGGCAAUUAAUUCCAGAGUACACCAGGCCAAAUGGUUGCAUUAUCAACUUCUUUGAAGAGGGGGAGUUUUCUCAGCCAUUCUUGAAACCACCGCAUUUGGAUCAACCUCUAUCUACCCUUCUUCUCUCUGAGUCUACCAUGGCUUUUGGGCGUAUUCUUAUGAGUGAAAAUGAUGGGAAUUACAAAGGUCCACUCAUGCUAACUUUGAAGCAAGGGUCUCUUUUAGUGAUGAGAGGUAACAGCGCUGACAUGGCAAGGCAUGUGAUGUGUCCAUCCCCUAACAAAAGGGUGAGUAUCACGUUUUUUAGAGUGAAAGAAGGCUCUUAUCAAGGCCAAUCAACAAACCCUCCUCCAAUGACGACAACCGCGAUGACAGUUUGGCAACCUGGCACUGCCAGUCCACUUGCUUUGCCAAAUGGGCCGAUAAGUGGCCACGAGGCUAUGGGUAUGAUCCCCAAAUUGGGUAUGUUUGGUCCUCCAAUGUUCAUGCUAGCCCCUAUGCACCCUAUGACAAUGAAUCCCAGCAAACUUCCUCGAGGCGGGACUGGAGUUUUCUUGCCUUGGAAAGGACAUCCCAGGAAACAUUCAAGGUAUCUUCCACCACGUGCCCAUAAAGGACGGGUUAUGGCACUACCUUCCCUUGUUGAAUCACACAGGGAAGGAUCUACUUCUGAACCCACCAUUGCUGUUGAAGGAUAG